CCUACCCGCGGCGAAGGAAUAAUGGCCCAAAGUCAAACGGAAAUGUACCCGACCCGAAAAUACGGGCUCACCUUCUUCUACACAAAUUCUCCGAUCUCGGAUCAGUAAAGACGCUUUCCUGAGAUUUUGCACAGCGUCGGACAAUGGCGUCACCGGCAGCAGUUCGGAGAAGCGGUGGCGGCCUUCUAGAAGGCCUUUACAGGGUCAUCAUGCGCCGGAACUCUGUCUACGUCACCUUCGUCGUCGCCGGCGCUUUUGUCGGCGAAAGGGUGGUUGACUAUGGGAUUAAGAAGCUCUGGGAGCAAAACAACAUUGGGAAGCGAUACGAGGAUAUUCCAGUUUUGGGACAAAGGCCAUCUGAAUAAUCUGGCAUCAACACUAGUAAUCUUUCCAAUUGCAGGUUAUUUUUAAAUGAUUACAAUUGUUAUAUUGGUUCUGAAUCUGCUUUUUGUAGAUGCUUUGUAAUGUCUGAAUUCCCAUACAUAUAUAAUAAAACAUGAUCUUGUGAUUGUGGGCAAACAGGGGACUAUAUAAUUAACAUACCCUCCUUUGAAUGGUUCAAUAUAAACUCAUCUUUAGAGAGCAUUUGAACUCAAGACUCAUUUGUCAUAAGAUUUUGGUCAAUCUUGAUAAUUGAUUAUUAUAAGGAGGGUGCAUUGUACUCCAGUUGGAAAGCAUUAAACAAAAAAAGGUGUUCUGAAUAAACAAAGCUCAUUUAU